AUGACCACAGUUGCUUUGUUCUAUUCUAAAUCUCGCACAAUUCAAGGCAUAUAUAACGAAUUCGUCCCAACAGAAGUAGCGGACCGGCUCUUCUUUAGCGGGCCUGCUGUCCUCGGCCGUACUAUGGGCAACAAGGUGUUACGCAAUAAAGCAGAGAAGGCCUGGGAGAGGUUUGAGGCUUUGAAAAGAGCCGGGUUCAGGAUUGAUGAAGAAGGUGACAUGUCAUACUACAUCUUUGAAAGACUGGGCGGUCAUUACAUGGAUGUGGGCGCUUCUGCUAAGAUUUCUAAAGGAUUGGUAAGUGGGUCGUACUACUCGUUCGGAGAGAUAGCGCGCCAUCGUACUCGGAUUGAUGUUGACCAAGGGGCUGACUUCGAACUCAUGUUUCAGAUCAAAAUCGUCUCCGACACCCUUCCCACUCGGUACACGCCAGAUGGCCUUGAAUGUUCCAAUGGCCAACACAUCCCCGCAGACGUUGUUGUCUUUGCGACAGGCUUUGUCGGGAAUCUUCGCUUAGUCGUCGCCGAUAUCUUCGGAUCGGAGCUUGCAGGACAAUUGGAUGACUACUGGGGCUUAGAUGACGAAGGUGAAUUGAAAGGUGCAUUCAAGUUCAGUGGGCGUAAGUUCCUCGUCAAUUAA